AUGACCGCACACGACGCGGGAGCUGACAGCUCCUUUACCUCAAUGAUGGAGGACCCGUUCGUUUCGAAUAGCGCAAGGGAAUUCGCCUCCCCUCCCGAUUCUCACCAAUUUUCGUCGUUUGAUACCCAAUUAUUCAACAUCAAUGCCUCUUCACCAGCCCAGGCCAAACGGGCCCUAGCCGCCCGGCUAGCGGAAACUGAACGUCAACUUGAGGAGACAUCCAAAGUGGGAACUGCCCUCAUCGAGCAGCAGCGACAACUGGAGGAGUAUCUGAAAAAUUUGGAGCAGCAGAAGGAUGAAAGUGAGAUGUCAUCGGAAUUGCGCCAAAAGCUUGCCGACUUGGAGCGAGAUUAUGCCGAGAUUGAGCGGGAUACGACGCGCGCAAUCUUGGCCCCGAAGCGACUGGCUGGAGGCUCGGAUGAGGGUCACUUGGGCACCCCGGGAUUUGAAGUAAAGUCUCCCAUCAGCCCCGCCCUAUUCGCCGGCCAGGCGACCAACUCUCCCAGCAAAGUCGGCGUUCCAUCCCGCAAGCAACGAAAUCAGCCAUCGGGCCGUGUCCACGACAUUGAAUUUGCGACAGAAAUUUCCACAUCCUUGUUGGGACAAGUGCGCCAAUUGCAGGGGCUUCUUGCCGAGCGAGAUGAGUCAAUCAAGACCAUUAAUUUGGAAAAAUCGCGCCUGGAACUGGAAGCAGAAGGGUAUUCGCAGCGGAUCCGAGCCUUGGAUGACAGCGAACAGCGUUACAAGGACGAGAAUUGGGCCCUGGAGACGCAGACUCAUGAAUUGAUGGCAUCCAUGAAAGAAUCGGCGGAACGUGAGAAAAGACUUACCAGCAGCUUGAGCGCUUCGAAUGCGGAGAAGACUGCCGUCGAGCGAGAACUGGAGGAGCUGCGACAAACGAAUUCGAAGCUGUUAGAGGAACAGGACAUGAUUCAGAAAGCCAAUGACUCGGAAAUCCACCUAUUGCGACGCAACCUGAAUGCUGGCGAUUUGGAGAAAUCUGCUCUCCACAAGAAAUUGGAGGAGUUGACCUCGCAAAACCAAGAAUUGGCGAAGGCUGUUGCUAUGCGCAUUCGGCAACAUGAGUCGCAAGGUAGCCGAGAUCUUCACGAUGACAACAACGAUGAUGAGCCUGAACAGACGACUCCUGACAAUUCUCCGCCUCCCUCUCCUAACAAAUUCACACCCCGACACGGCCAUCUUGAGUCUGAAACCUUGAAGAGUUCAUUGGGCCAUGCUCACCGCAUGAUCCAGAACCUGAAGAGCACGAUCCAUCGGGAGAAGACAGAGAAAAUUGAGCUCAAGCGUAUGUUGCAAGAGGCCCGAGAUGAGGUUGAGCAGCGUCGCCGUGAGACUGCAGCUCCCAACGGAGGGCCUAACAAACGUCUGAAGAAAAAGGAAGACUCCUUCCGCAAGCCGGCUCGUCCAGAUCUCUUGGGUGCUGGCCGUAAGGAAAAGUCACACGUUGAGCUCCACGAGCUCCACGAUACGGACUGGGAAGACAAUGCUAGUCAAAUCAGCCCAACUCGCUUCACCAUGGGUGCACCGGUUCGCAGUCGUCCUGGUCGUGAAUCCCCUGAUGAGCCUAGUGAUGUGUACCAGACCGCCACAGAAGCCGAGGAUGGCUUCGAAACGGCUAAUGAGCGAGCAACCACAACCGAAAGCGAAGCAUUCCAGACGGGUGUGGAGAGCAUGGCGGAUGACAGCAGCGACUCAGCAGACUUGACCGAGACUGAAAACAAUGUCCAGACUACCCCACGCCAGCGUGUUUCUUCGUCUUUGGUAAUGGCCAAGGCUCGUGAUCGCACUUCGUAUCAUAGUUCGGCUUCCACGUCAGACGAUGACGAUGACCAAGAGGGAGGAUACCCUUCUCCCAGCCAGGCUCACAUUUCUCGUCCCCGAGUCAAGUCGAAGCGAAGUGUUGUCAGGCGGAUCCGCCCCUCUGGAGAGGCACCCAUGGCCUCUAGCAGCCGUCCAUCCAGUGCACGGAAUUCUGCUGCAACGAGCUUUGAGCAGGCAUCUGUGCCCCAAGGGGGACAAAGUCUUUUCGCCGAACUUGCCGAACUGGAAGGUGGCGAAGAAGAUGAAGAGACUGUCGCAACUUCUCCCGCUUCAACACCACGCAUGGUGCCUAUAUCAAGCUCUCGCCGCCCCUCUGAUGCCAUGCUAGACUCACCUAGUAGGCCUGUCAUGAUUGAUUCUGGUGUGAUGACCGAUCCUUGGCAGCCUGACGCUCCAGUCGGCGUUGCAGCCAUCGGUGGAGCUGUUGUUGGAGCUGCUGUUGGAGUUGCCGCUUCCGACCUUCCAACCACUCCACGGAGAGAUGUCGCAACUGGAGACAGGGAGCUUACUACUGAAGAACAGCAAACCCCCAAAAUGGUCAGCUCAGGAACGGAAUGGACACCUCGUAAACCUUCGGCGUUGGAUGACGAUCAUUUGUCGAAUGUUCCUACACCACCAAAGAUGGUUUGGGACGAACGCUCUGUUGGGACCCAGCAAGUCGAGGCGGGUAUCCAAGCCGAGCCUGACCUACCGGAAUUGGGCAUGGCGACGAUCGCAUCCCAAGAAAUUCUCCCCUCAUUACCCAAAUGGCCACAAUUGGGUGUUGCAUACUUCCCUGGGGGGGCUACCAAGCCCGUGGAGCACAUCCUUCCUGUACCAGAGAUACCGCUACUGGAUGUCUCUUCCAUCGCUUCGCAGUCUACCGAGCCCGUGGAGCACAAUCCUCCUGUGCCAGAACUCCCAGAACUGCUUGUCUCUUCAAUCUCUUCACAAUCCACUGAGCCUGUAGUUGCAACGGUCUCUGAGCCUAUCAUCCCAGUCGAGUCUGUGCGAGAAUUGCCUGAACUUUCUUUGUCCUCUCUCUUCACUUACUCGACCGAGCCCGUGAAGGCACAACUUUCAGAGCCUGAGCCUAUCAUCCCAGUUGAGCCUGUGCGAGAAUUGCCUGAAAUUUCCUUAUCUUCUCUCUUCACUUACUCUACCGAGCCCGUUAAGGCGCAACUUCCAGAGCCUGAGCCUAUAUCUAUACCUCUGCCAGUCGAUGAGGAAAUGCCCAUUCCCGAAGUCGGAAUGUCCUCGAUCUCUUCGCAGCAUACUGAGCCCGUUGUGCCGCAACUACCAGAGCCUAUCCCCGAACCUGAGCCGGCUGUCAUCCCAGAGCCUGAGCCGAUGGUAAAGGAGGUACAUCUUCCCGAGCUGGGGAUGUCCCUGAUCAAUUCGCUGCAUACUGAGCCCACCAUGCCACAGCUCCCGGAGCCUGUCCCAGAACCUGAGCCUUCACAACUGGAGAUCUCCUGGCUAGAUCCAUCUUUCACGGAACCUGUCACACCUAAAGUGGUUGAAAUACCUCCUCAUCCAAUUCCUUCUUUUGCUACCCUGCGUCCUGUUGAAACUGAACCAGUCAAAUUCGUACCAUUUGAAGCCCCUCCCCCACCAAUUUCCUCUCUUGCUUCUCUGCACUCUGUCCAAACGGAACCAGUCAAGUCUCUACCACGCGUGAUUCCUUCAAUGGUCGAAUUUGGUAUCCAAACAGACCCUGCGGAAGAGCCCAAGGCUGCUGGUGCGGCCGUAGCUGUGUACGAAGAUGAACCUAACGAGGUAGCUCGAAGCCGUGCUAGCACUACCACUAGCACUAGUGAACGACGUGCCAGCGCAGGUUUGGCUCUUAAUGAUAUUACUGGCAACUCGUUGCAAAGACAACCAGUCAGCUCGGUCAACACAGAUCAGGGAUCGCAAACCAUCCUCUCCUCCAAGCAGAUUGACCAGAUUCUUAUGGAUCGUGAUUCUGUUCGUCCUGCCUCUUCUGCUGAUAGCAAAUACUCAAGGGAGAUGGCAGCAGUUGCCGUCACCGCUGCGUCACCAUUCGCAACCCCUAAGCUUCGACCCCGUCCUCAACAGCAGUCGUCAGCCAAAUCUUCCGCGUCCAUCCGGCGACCAGACACUGCCACUAGCCAGAUGUCUUCCUCAAGUGCUCACCCUCCACUGCCCACUGAUCACCGUGAGGCAAUCUUGGCUGCUGAAAAGAAAUCUAUCGACGUACCACCAGCAUCACCUGGCGUGAUGGGACCUCCCCUUGCACCGGCCUCUGCUUAUCGCAUGAAUGCGCAAACGGCCCCACGAACUCCCAAUGAACAAGGCGGGCGUGCUGGAUCAGCACGGACUGUUUCUACUCAACCACGCAUGCGCAGAGGAAGCCAGAGCCAGAUGUCAAGGCGGUCAUCCGUGUCAUCAUUCGCAUCGGAGCUGGAGGAGCGGUUCAAUAUGAACCCCCAUGCUGGACCUAUGCCCAAUGGAUACGGACCCAACACCGAUCCUCGCAUGAUCCAGGCCAUCACUCAAACCAUGAUUGGUGAGUUCCUCUGGAAAUACACGCGGAAGACCGGCUCAUCCGACAUGUCAAACACUCGGCAUCGUCGGUACUUCUGGGUUCACCCGUACACGCGUACCUUAUACUGGAGUGAAAAGGAUCCUCAGACCGCUGGAAAGAGUGAGCUUCGAACCAAGAGUAUUCCCAUCGAGGCUGUGCGAGUGGUUGCAGAUGACAACCCGUAUCCUCCAGGCCUCCAUUGCAGAAGCUUGGAGGUCGUUAGUCCUGGGCGUCGACUUCGAUUUACUGCCAGUACCAGCCAAAGACAUGAGACUUGGUACAAUGCCUUGACAUAUCUCCUAACAAGAGAGGACAGUGGUCACUGUGAGGAUCACGAUAGUGUGACUCUGGAUGAUAUCGAUGAGUUUAAUCCAGGCUUCCGGUCUGGGUCUCGCCAGACAGCCCGGAUGUCUCUCUCAUCUUACAACAGCCGUACACUCCGUCCACCCCCCAAGCGAGCAACUUCAGCCAUGUCCAUGCGGUCCACAGGGACGCCCGGGCGUGCUUCACCUGCCCUUAGCUCUCCGGUUCCCAACUCGUCUUUGCAGGUCCCCGAAGAGCGUCAGCGCUCAUCAUCCCGACUUAGCACCAUCCUCACUAGUUCAAUCCGUGGAUCGAUUGCUAGCAUGAAGGGCCGCAAUGGCCAGGCUUCGAGUGUGCAUAAUGGAAGCAUCCAUGCCCAGGACAGCAUCGAAGAUUUCGCACAUGCAGCGGAGGAAGAAGAUCGGCUUGAAAACGUCCGUGCUUGCUGCGAUGGCAAACACGACGUUGGCUCGCUCUCCCGCACCAGUCGCUACAGCCCCCGGGUUGAUCGCAGCCACUCUCACCACCACUAA